GCACAGCCAUGUGGGGAGCAAAAUAUCACAGUAUGGAGUGGCACGCUCCAGUCGCCUAAUUACCCAUCCCCCUACUCAAAAAAUAUGGACUGUUACUGGCUGAUUCGAGUUGCUGAAGGAAACAACAUUGAAAUAGAAUUUCAAGAUUUAUCGGUGAGAAUAAAAAGAAAGGAAUGACCAACGUUAAGUUUAUACAUCUUCAUCAUUCUAUGGUGCUUUCAUUGUAUUUAUGGUAUUUUGGCCGUGAAUAUAUAUGUGAAAAUCCUGGACGGUGAAGCUGGCGUUUUGUCAACUCAUUUCUACGUUAAAUGGAAACGAGUUUAACUUUGUCUUAAGUUAUUUUAGACAUCAAUUGGUCCCACACACACUCUUGCUUUGUAGAUUAGCCUUUUACUUUCCGAGUUUACUGCAACAGCAGUUAAGGAUAGGUUAUGAUAAAAUCUCCCAACAAAAGAUUACGGCCCGUAUUGGUUUCAGUAUUGAUGCCAUCCUUCUUUGGGUGGUUUUAAAAAGAGUAUAUAGCUGUAUAUAAUACAUAUAGCAAUUUUCUCUUCUCUCUUUUGAUUAUAGAUGACGGCGUAUCCAGAUCGUACGGUAUGGAUUAUGUCUCCCCUGUUACUCCAGUUACUGUGAAUCUACCAUGAAUCACCACUAGAUAAAGUAGGCAAGGAUCCUUUAAGAAAAUCGCAUGUAUAUUGAUUGAUCUCUACAUGUAAAAGCUGAUGUUACUGAGACGGUAUUUGCAUCGAUAUUGGGAAAGUGAAUUCUUGAAAAAAAAAAACUUCAGUAUGCGACAGGUAACGUGAAGGGAAAAAGAGAUUUCGUCAUAUGGAGUAGCUGGGACGAAAGAAGCUAAAAUCACCAGUUUUAGUUAGUUGACGAUAUUCAUUUGUUCUAAGAUUGUUAAUAACCUAACUCCAUCAUAUCUUCCGGCCAGAGUCUAGGAACCCACUUUUCUUUGCGUCUCUCUCAACUCUUGUCAGUUUAUCUAUACGUGGUGAGUGUCGCCGGCCUAGAUCACAGAGUAAAUCAUGGAGUUAUGAAAAAUUGACGGCGGGGUGGGAAUAUAAGUCAUUGAUACUAACCUGUAAGCAUAUAUAAUAGGAGUUUUAAUUAAAAAAAAUAAGUACUGAAAUAGAAGAAUUCUUUGAUUAAUCGCAUGCGGUACAGAAGUCACUUUAGACGCAAAGCUGAUUUGCUUCGCCUCUUUCCUCUCUUUUCUCCCGCCACCAGCAAGCUAGAGUCGGCAGUUAUUUGCCGCUAAAAGAAGAAUCUUUGCCCGUCUCAUCACUUCUGCUGGACGCACAGAGAAAGAUUAUCUCGAUGAAGGAGGAUUUGAUUGACAUACACAUAGACAUCUCGUAUUCCUCGAGAUUCAUCACUAAAAUUCUCUGGAACGAGACAUUGAUAAAUAGUCCCACAAGAAAAAGACAUCUAGAAUAUAAAAAUAGCCAUUAUCAUUAUAAACACUCACCUCCUUUAUAAUCUGCUUGCACUCUAAAAAAAUUCAUUACAAAUCUCUCGAUGUCAUCCACGUACGUUUUACGUGAUGUCAUCGCCCAGGAAUAAGUACCCCAGAUAAUAAGAAAACUCAUCGACUGCGCAUGCUUCUGAUCGUACAUCCGACAAAUUUUGGCUUCUUCCCGCUAUUGUAGAGAAUAGUGUGCUGGCUCGUAUAAGGCUCGCCAGCAAUAAUACACCGCUUGGGUCAGAGAAAUAGUUUCUAAGUUUACUAUUUUCCAUUAAACCCCCUAGCUAUCAAUAUAAACAGAAAUGUCAAAUAGUUGUAAUAGAAGGUUAAGUAGGUUUUAUCUUCCUUAGAGGGCAGCCUGAGUAGGAGGCAAUGAAUAAUCAGCACCUCGCUGUUCUGAGAUUUUUAGCAACCCUUCGCUUCAGUUUUAAAUGAAAAGAGAGCGACGGCAGAGUUUCAUGGCAUAAGUUAGAUGUUCAUACUAUGACCUACUCUCUGUUUACAAGUAGCCAUUACGACUCCCAACCGAAGAUCAGCAAGUUGGGCGUUGACUCUUGUAGAGAUUAAUCAUUCAAGACUUAGGACAGUACACUAGGGUUGUUCAUUACCAGAUAUAUGUCACGCACAGCACCUGAUUCAGAUUACUAAUUCAGAAAUGGCUCAGUAAUAGAUUACUAAUAGACGUCCUAAUUUUAAUUUAAAAUAGGCGGAAAAGAAUGCCAACUGUCCGAAUGAUUACAUUGAAAUCUUGGAUGGUUCGUAUGGAAGUACUGUCGUAAUAUCGCGAUUGUGUGGCUUCAGCUUGCAAGAUGUUGAUGACAAAACGUUUGUUUCCAGCAGUAACAUGUUACUUGUGCAUAUGCACACAGACAAUGACAAGGAAAAUAGAGGCUUUUUAGCAAAGCACAAAGGUAUUUAAACUACUGAACUACAUGAACCGAAACCUGGAACGUCGGAGCGCUGAUAUAUACCAAAUCCCGGAAUUUCUGAGUGUUCAAAGGGGUUGCUUAAUUCUGUUUGCCGAAAAAGCAAAACAUAGAAAGCCUUCUGGCAAGGUCUUGACCCGGCAACUUAGAAUUUAAUUCUUAUGACGACUAAAAGUGUCAUUUCGUCAGUGGGCUAAAACUUCGGCUUUAAGUAUGACGAAGACGGGCGCAAAGUCCCCAAAUAUAGCCACUGCAACAGGAUGGCAAAAUUUUUCAUUAAAAGACAUUUUCGUUCAUUUCAACUGUGCUUCGCGUUUUCGCGGUGUAACAGCGCAUCACAAUGUAGCGUUCGGAUUGUAACUCUGCUUUGCUAAGUAAUGAGCGAGGCAUAAGUUGAUUUAUACUUCUUCUUUCUUUACUUGAUAGUACAGUUAUUACGUCAAUUAUUAUUGUUGGCGUAGUCUCACUUUGAGUGAGCUCUGUUUGCUGUUUUCUUGUUGCACUGAGCAGAGAGGCUUCGGGCCUCACUUUCAUGUCUUAAGAAUUUGGUCUGUUAUUUAGGAGAGGUUGCUGUUGUGCACCUUCUCGGAUUGCACUGAUCUGACCAUCUCCUCCCAAGUAUAUGGGAUAAUACAUAAGGCAUCGCCUUAUUAGGAACUCUUACGUGUUAUUUUUGUAAAGUUGUCUGAGUUGUAGAUCUAAUUGAGGCCGAGUCUCGGAACUUGCCUUGCAAUUUUUGCCUACACUUUCUCGCUGGUCUGUUAUUAGUUAUUGACCAAACGAUGGACCAAACGUUUUACUACAGAUAGUACACGAUACUCUUUUAAAGUCCUGUGAUCAAUGUUUGGUUUAUGGGGGACACCUAGGUUGCAGGAAACGUAACCAAACUUUUUGGUCCGGGUGAUUCUUCGUUGCUUUUUUUGUGUGUGUUGUAUUUUCUUAGUAGACUCCAUCUUUACUGGCGUUCAGUAGUAUUCUGGCGUUCCAACGCUCCAGGUUUCAGCUUAUAUGAGUAUGUAACUGCGCUUGCAAUGUUUUUUUUUUUUUAAAGCCAGCAGUUAUAUGAUUAGUUAUGGACAAUAGUUAACAAAUAAAGAAGCCUUUCAUGUGGCCUGUUAUUUAUAUUUAUUUAUCUAUCAUUAUUAUUUUUUAAUUAUUUGUACUUUAGUAGGUCCACAUCAGUCUCUGGCUGCCCCUUCUAACAUACUCAAAUAAAGUAUGUAUGUUUGCUCUGUUGUAAAGCAAAUAAAACAGAAAGGGGCUAGAGUACGCACGAAGUCGAGUUCUUCUCUCUUUUUCUUAAGACUAAUCGUUAUGAAAGUUGAUUCGUUUGCAAUUCAAAACGACGCUUGUAAUAAAAAUUGCUGGUCAGACGCAAAAGGACCAUGACAGCUAAACUAUAUGUUAAAAAUGAACUAUACAAAUGAAUGAUACAAUUUUAAGAGAUUACUGCUUACAGAAGGCUCCUAUAAGUAAUGAACUGUCAAAAUGAAACACUGAAAUCUUGAACUAUGAUCUAUUCAUUUCAUAUUGAACAAUAUCAACAUUAUGUAAAGAGGUUAACAACAGUAAUAAUUAUUGUUUGUUUGUUUGUUUGUUUUUUUACUAAAAAAGGUAUUUGUGAUGUAAGGCUGACGGCUUUGUCGGGAACCAUUAUGUCUCCAAACCAUCCCGAUAACUACCCAACAAGACUAGCGUGUGUAUGGCUCAUUGAUGUUGGCUACGGCUAUCACACUACUCUGACUUUCCACAAAUUUAUGUUAGAAAAGAACGAAGGAUGUUCAUUCGACUGGCUAUCGGUGAAAGAAGGAAAUUCCACAAGUUCUCCGGAAAAAGCGAGGGUUUGUGGCGACGUACUGCCCCCUAUCAUAGAGGCUAGUGGGCCAGUGACGAUUACCUUUAAUACAGACGGUGAUAAAGAGUUUAAAGGGUUUGAUAUCACAUAUCAGGCAAAAGGUAAAACCAAAACCAAACUAGAUGUAGAAAAAUUACAAUCUAGCGACAGAUAUCUGAUAUGGUGCAGCAGA